AUGGGAGGCCAAGGACGAGGAGCGAGACAGGCUCGGACUGCUGCAACAGAAGUACGCGAUGCGCGCCACAGAGGCCGCAAGGCCCCGGCGCAGUGCGCCCGCGCGGAAAAAGCCCAAGAUCAAGAGCUUGGGCGACCAGAUGUCGAAAAAACACGGGAAAAAAACCGAAAACGUCGCGAUCCUGCUGGCUCUGUCGGGGCGGAAGCGCAAGGUCAAGGACAUCAUACGGAACAUCGCGCGGAUCGAGGAGUCUGCGCCGGAGCAGCCGCCGCCGCUCCACGACAUCAGUCUUGUGUACUCGCGAGAGGAGUGGACCGAGGUGCGCGACGAGAUCCUGCGGAGUCUGCCGAAGCUGUCCAGAAGCGCCAAAAUGACCCUGGAGCUGGUUUCUGCCAAAUACAACGAGCAGCCGGCCGCCAGGCAGCUGUGGCAGGAGUCGUCUGCGCCGCCGGUGGUGUUCAGCAGGGACGAGAUCCUGAGCCUUUACGACUUCGAGACCGACGAGAAGUGCUUUGUGGCGUCGCAGUCGGACAACGAGGACCUGGUGGUGACGCUGUCGCAGGUGAUCCAGCGCGACGAGCGGUCGGUGCCGUGCACGCCCGAGGAGGACUACCGCGACAGCGAGGUUUCGUGGACGACGUACGAGUCGCACGCGUCGGCGGCGCGGAGGCUCCAGCAGCGGCGGCAAGUGUACGACGUGCUGGACGAGGAGCCGGGGGGUUUUGGCACGCAGCAGGCCCCGAUCGAGCUGUCGAGCGAGACCGACGCGUCGGUGGUGGUGGUGGAGAGCUCGCCGGUGCGGGCGGAAAAACAGGAGCUGGACGAGGAGCCGGGCGAGCCGCACGCUCCGGUGACCGCGGCAGAGCUGGAUUUCGAGACGUUCACCACGCCCCAGCUGAAACUGCAGAUCGAGGCAUGGGGACUCAAGCCCGCCAAGUCGCGGAAGCAGAUGGUGGACAUCCUGACCUCGUCGCUGCGGCUGAUCGACCGCCGGCAGCUGGUGCGGCAGAAAGAGGGCGUGUUGCAGCUCAGCCAGGCCGAGCUGGAGAAAAACUACACGGAGCACGUGCGCACGGAGGAGACGUUUCGGCAGGUGCGCAGCGUUAUGUUCUCGCACAUCCGCGGGCUACUCAAAGAAGACAAGACGCUAUACAGGGACAUUUUGCUAUUGAGGCCUAUCAACUUCAACGACGUGGUGGCGCUGCUGGACGCAAAGGGGGUGCAGCUGGAGCCCCUCACGGUGCGGGCCUGUCUGGACGAGAUGGGAGUCUCGUUUGUGGUGCGGGAGAACGAGGCGGCGAACGAGACCGCCGAGGAAUCGGAGGCCUAGGCGUAUUUCUUCAGCUCUGCUGGGUCGGCCCGACGCAGGAGCAGGACGCCGUUGAGCCAGCGGGCAAAAUAGUAGAACGCGGUGAUCUUUAUAAUUAA